CCUUCGUCCCCUCUGCAGCGUUUGCUGGUGCUCAGGAUCGGGCUCGUAGGCGCGGCGCCAUGUCCCUGCCCGAGUGGCACAUCGCGGUGAAGCUGGCGGACCAGCCCUUGGCCCCCAAGUCCAUCCUGCGGCUCCCGGAGGCAGAGCUGGGCGAGUGCCCGCUGGGCGGGUGCAGCAUCUCCUACCUGAAGCAGCUGAUCACUGGGAAGCUGCAAGAGUCUGUCCCAGACCCCGAGCUCAUUGAUCUGAUCUAUUGUGGUCGCAAGCUGAGGGAUGACCAGACGCUUGACUUCUAUGGUAUCCAGUCAGGCUCCACAGUUCAUGUUCUACGCAAGUCAUGGCCCGAGCCAGAUCAGAAAGCAGAACCUGUGGAUAAAGUGGCUGCAGUGAGAGAGUUCCGGGUCCUUCACACUGCCCUGCACAGCAGUUCUGCUUACAGAGAUGCCGUCUUCAAGAUGCUGGGGAACAAGGAAUCCUUGGACCAGAUCGUUGUGGCUACUCCUGGCCUCAGCAGUGACCCUAUUGCUUUGGGAGUCUUGCAGGACAAGGAUCUCUUUUCUGUCUUUGCAGACCCAAAUAUGCUGGACACGCUAAUCCCAACUCACCCUGCCCUUGUGAAUGCCAUUAUCCUAGUUCUGCACUCGGUAGCAGGCAGCACACCUCUGCCAGCUCCUGAGACCUCCUCGCGUAGCAUGCCCUCCAGUUCCUACAGGGAUAUGCCAGGUGGCUUUCUGUUUGAGGGUCUCUCUGAUGACGAAGAUGACUUUCAUCAGAGCACAAGGUCUACCCCAUCCAGCAGCACUUCAGGGUCUCGCCCAGCAUCGCUUGGCUACACUGGGGCUGCUGGACCCCGACCCAUCACACAGAGCGAACUGGCUACAGCACUGGCCCUGGCCAGUACCCCAGAGAGCAGCUCCCACACUCCCACUCCUGGGACCCAGGGUCACUCAUCAGGAACCUCUCCAAUGUCCUCCAGUGUCCAAUCGGGAACCCCCAUCACCAAUGACCUCUUCAGCCAAGCCCUGCAACAUGCCCUGCAGGCCUCUGGGCAGCCUAACCUUCAGAGCCAGUGGCAGCCACAGUUGCAGCAGCUGCGAGACAUGGGCAUACAUGAUGAUGAGCUAAGUCUCCGAGCCCUGCAAGCCACUGGAGGGGACAUCCAGGCUGCCUUGGAACUCAUAUUUGCUGGAGGGGCUCCCUAACACCUCCUGUGAGAGGUCAGAAAGGUGCGUUUCAGCAGUACUGUGAAGUUAGGCCAGCUGUGAGUCUCUGGAUUCUGAUUCCUGGGACAGUAACUGGUCCCUAUGAAACACUUAACCAGAACUGAACUCUCUUCUUUUGCACUGUGCAGUUUGUGGGUCUUUCUCCUUUUUUGUUGGAAUGUGGCUUUAUGACUGAGAAGUUGCUGCACUGCUAUGGGACAGGAAUGCUGAUUUGACCACUAAGGGCAGCUCUUCCAACUGCAAUGAACCCUUCGGCUGUAGUAUUCAUAAAUGAGAUGUCUGGAUCUCAGAAUAGAACAGGCCAAUACCUCCUCUGAGCCAGGGGAGGUUGCUAAGCUUCAGAUGUCACCUAGAGGCAUCUGCCAAGUCUUCCCCUACCUGCAGUUAUGUUCCUCCCAACCUACAAGCUUCAAUUUAUUUUAUUUUACCAGUGUGGUUCAGAAGUGUUUGAGUGUAAUAAAGUUGUUCCUCUCCA